AUGGAGGAUGAGGAGGGAGGAGGAGCCAAUCGGUGGCCAGCUAAUACCUCUGAUCUGACGGGACUGGACAAGGAAGAGGAGACGGCUGAAGCUGGGAAGUCCACUGAGAAAGGGUCGGAGUGCUCUAAUUGGGGACUCCCAUCCUCAUUUUCUCGGGCGGGGGUACAGGCUGGGAGGUCUUCCCCAGAGUAUGGCGCUGUUGGUACUGCGGACAGAUCUCCCUGUCGAGCUGCGUAG